GGAGCCGGGGGUCGGCGCGGCGGGGCCGGCGGGGCGAGGCGGGGCUCACCGGCCCGGAUGAGGCGGAAGGAGAAACGGCUCCUGCAGGCGGUGGCGCUGGCGCUGGCGGCCCUGGUCCUGCUGCCCAACGUGGGGCUCUGGGCGCUUUACCGCGAGCGGCAGCCCGACGGCACCCCCGGGGGACCCGGGGCGGCGGAGGCAGCGGCAGCCCCGGCGGCGGGACAGGGCUCACACAGUCGGCAAAAGAAGACCAUUUUCCUGGGAGAUGGGCAGAAGCUGAAAGACUGGCAUAACAAGGAGGCCAUCAGGAGGGAUGCUCAGCGCGUAGGAAAUGGAGAACAAGGGAAACCAUAUCCCAUGACGGAUGCCGACCAAGUGGACCAGGCCUACCGAGAAAAUGGAUUUAACAUCUACGUCAGUGAUAAAAUCUCCCUAAAUCGCUCUCUGCCUGAUAUCCGGCAUCCCAACUGCAACAGCAAACGCUACCUGGAGAGCCUGCCCAACACCAGCAUUAUCAUCCCCUUCCACAACGAGGGCUGGUCUUCCCUCCUGCGCACUGUACACAGCGUGCUCAACCGCUCGCCCCCGGAGCUGAUCGCUGAGAUUGUGUUAGUGGACGACUUUAGCGACCGAGAGCACCUGAAGAAGCCACUUGAAGAUUACAUGGCCCGUUUCCCUAGUGUGAGGAUUCUCCGAACCAAGAAGCGGGAGGGACUGAUAAGGACCCGGAUGCUGGGGGCCUCAGCAGCCACUGGAGAUGUCAUCACAUUCUUGGACUCACAUUGUGAAGCCAACGUCAACUGGCUCCCUCCCUUGCUUGACCGCAUUGCUCGGAACCGCAAGACUAUUGUGUGCCCGAUGAUCGACGUGAUUGACCACGAUGACUUUCGGUACGAGACACAGGCUGGGGAUGCCAUGCGGGGCGCCUUUGACUGGGAGAUGUACUACAAGCGCAUCCCGAUCCCUCCAGAGCUGCAAAAGGCUGACCCCAGCGACCCAUUCGAGUCUCCUGUGAUGGCCGGCGGACUGUUUGCUGUGGACCGGAAGUGGUUCUGGGAGCUGGGCGGAUAUGACCCAGGCUUGGAGAUCUGGGGAGGGGAGCAGUAUGAGAUCUCCUUCAAGGUGUGGAUGUGUGGAGGCCGCAUGGAGGACAUCCCAUGCUCCAGGGUGGGCCAUAUCUACAGGAAGUAUGUGCCCUACAAGGUGCCUGCUGGAGUCAGCCUGGCCCGGAACCUGAAGCGAGUGGCGGAAGUGUGGAUGGAUGAGUAUGCCGAGUACAUCUAUCAGCGCCGGCCGGAGUACCGCCACCUCUCUGCAGGGGACGUGGUCGCCCAGAAAAAGCUCCGCAGCUCCCUCAACUGCAAGAGUUUCAAGUGGUUUAUGACCCAGAUCGCCUGGGACCUGCCCAAAUUCUACCCACCCGUGGAGCCACCAGCCGCAGCUUGGGGGGAGAUUCGCAAUGUGGGCACCGGACUGUGUGCAGACACCAAGCACUGGGCCCUGGGCUCCCCACUGAGGCUGGAGAGCUGCAUCCGGGACCGUGGGGAGGCCGCAUGGAACACCAUGCAGGUGUUCACCUUCACCUGGCGAGAAGACAUCCGGCCUGGAGACCCCCAGCACACCAAGAAGUUCUGCUUCGACGCCAUCUCCCACACCAGCCCCGUCACGCUCUAUGACUGUCACAGCAUGAAGGGCAACCAGCUGUGGAAGUACCGCACAGACAAGACCCUGUACCACCCCGUCAGCGGCAGUUGCAUGGACUGCAGUGAAAGUGACCACAGGAUCUUCAUGAACACCUGCAACCCUGCCUCACCCACCCAGCAGUGGCUGUUUGAACACACCAACUCAACAGUCUUGGAAAAAUUCAAUAGUAAUUGAACCCUCCCACCCCCCUUGGCAGCUCACACAGGGUGCUUUCACAGCAGCCAUGGGGCCUGCAUGGGUGCCCUGGCAUACUGGGUGUUGGCCAAACAAUUCAAGGCAAAGAGGACUUUGGAAGCUAGAGUUCUAGGGUCCCUGAGCCCCUGAGUCAUGAGAGUGGGCAGGGAGCAGGCUCUGCGUAGAGCCUGCUUCGACCCCUGCUGCCACCAUGGAAAGGGAGGGCCUCCUUGGCUUUGUGAUCAUAUCCCCUGGAGUGCUGUGCAAGAGAAUGCCAUGCAGCUGCAGGCUAUUCAGAAAUAAAGCCUGCAAAGUUGCCCGGGCCCCUUGGCAUCUCUCAGGCUUGACUAUGCUCUGGAAAGAGGCCUCAUCUGUGGGGGUCGGGGAGGGGAGGAAGCAGACUUCAGCACCAAUGCCACCCUUGUACAACACAAGGGAAAGAAGUCCUCCUCAGGGUUCUUUAGUUUCUGCCUCCCUUGCAGGCUCAGCCUCUCUUCUGUGUCUCAGAUGAGUUCCAAGGCCCAACGCAAAGCCGUAAGAGCGCUCCGUGCUGAAUGCUGGCCAGCCACCAGGCCUAGGAUCAGGCGAGGGGCCCCAGACACUGCUUUGCAACCAUGGGCUUGCAAGAUGUUCUCUGUGUGUUGGAAAUGCCCACAGUGCUUUCCAUCUUCAAGGACAGCCCAGCCACCAGCUUUUCAAGGCUGUGGUUCAGAUGACCAUGGGCCCCUGGAGAAGGCCAAAUAGAAGACCAGACUAGAAAAACACUGAGGUUCUCUGAUCCCUGCUUCCAGUGCCCUCUCUCCAUGCUGGGAAGCCUCAAGAGAGGACCGGAGGUGCUUCACCUCGCAGAGUCUGGAGGCCUCCCAGAUCAACUCUGGGCAAGUGCCUAGCCUCUGAAUUCAACAUGGUCCUGGUUCUCAUAGAAUCUCCAAGUUGCUAAAGGACUGUAGAGUGCAGUCACCAACCAGUUCCCACUUUAGGGAUCUGGUGUUGUGGCCUCCAGUAUGAAUUUCCAGAAUGCUGUUACUAAGGCAGCCAGGCAGAUAGGAUACAGUCAAGGUGGCCCUCAGUCUAGGAGCAAUCUGUGAAAUCCAAGGUUGGUGCUGGGGAUGAAGUCCAAGGACAGGUGUCCACUGCAAGGUCCUCAGCCAACACCUGAAGCCCUGAAUGUCCUGCCAUUGCCACAGCCACCACCUCAUUUGCAGUGAAGAACCUCAUGUCCAUCUGUACCCAGCUCCGCACCAGCCCUUCCGUGGAUUUUUUUUUUUUUUUUUUUUUGCUUUAUUUCAUGUCUAACUCCCCCAGGGUUCCCAAACAAUUAGGAAACAUUUCAGUAACCAUCCCACCACCUCUGAUUCAACAGAGGAAAUCACAUUCCACAACCUAUGGCUUCUACCACCAGUUAGCCCCAGGAAGUGCUUGGAAUCAGUAUUCCAAUUAGAGUUGGGUCUCUUGACUGUGUCAUUUACCAGUUAAAUAAUACAAAUCUGGGAACAGAGCCACGAACCUGCCUUCGAGAUGCUGGCUAAUCUUGAAGCCAUCCGUGAUCAAGGGAAGGGAGGGAAAACCACUCCUGACACCACCAUCACAUUGAACUUGAGCCUGGCAAAGGGUCACUCCCACUUCUGCCCCUAGCACAGCUCCACUCUGGAUGGCUGCACCCAGGAGAGGAUGCCCCUGUGCUUGUGAAGCUUGCCCGUCGCUCCCUGGCACCCUUUGCCACAUGACUACUGUGUCCUUAGAAGUGACCCUCUGCAGGACAGAGUGAAAAGAUGAGGCCUCUUCUGAAGUCUAGGGUAGCAAGUGUGUUGUACUAUGGGGAGAUGAAGUAAGAGUCAUCAUCCGAGAGCAAUGCAGCAUCAAAUCAAAUUUGUUAAAAAAAAAAAAAAAAAAAAGAAGAAGAAAAAAACUGUGCCUUUAAAAAAGAAUGCAAACAUACAGCAAAUCCCUAAACUUGAACCAUUUCCUAGUGCCUUGCUAGCAAACAUAAAGCGGGAGGGGAGGGGAGCAUUUUUGAUGGCACGUGCACUUCCUGUUGGAUGAGUGUGUCCUUUCUUAAUGUCUGAUUUCAAGCAGGAGAUGUUGGCCUGGAACAGGAGCUGAGGCUGUGAUGCCCACUGCGGGGUUAGGUGGUGAAGUAACACUCCCAGUUAAAGAGCUGCUGGGCAACUCGUUCAGGCUAGGAGGGCCUCAGCAGCCCUUGAGCAAAGGCCUUGCAUUAACCUCAUUGGGCCCCUUCUGGGGACCGUGCCUGCGAUGCCCUGCCCCAACCCCUGGACUGAAUGAUUGUCUUGUCCCUCAUCACUCAGAUUAAGGCAUACAGAGUUCAUUGCCCACUAGUCCCCCUUUGUGGGGGCAUUGCUCUAAUAUGACCAGGUUUCUGUGGAACAGAGGGAUGGCCAUAAGCUGUCCCCAACCUUUUCUCAUUCUUUGGUUCUCCCUGCACAAGCUGAUUUCACACCCUCAACAGGGAUGGGCAGGCCCUCUGAGCACCCUGGCGUUUGUCACAGCUGAACCUAACAACAAUAGAAACCAGCCUACGUAGUGGAGGAAGGGAGGACAGAGUUUUCUCAGUUCGGUGCCAUUGCCCACUAAUUUACAAUGCUGAACAGUUUUGGGAAACCACCCGUGUUGAGGACCCGAUUUCUGCUCCUACACCCAGCUGAUGUGCAGUAAAACUCAGCCAGGAGUCAAAACAGAACAUAUGGAUUUCCAAGUCCAUGUUCCCAUUCCCUUUUCGAACCUUACUCUGGUUUAAUUCCUUUUUCUCCUUAAGAAAAAAAAAAGAUGGCAUCCUUGAAAAUGGCCCCACAUGUUUCUGCCUGCACAUCUCCAUUUUCUGAGUCUCUGGAGUCCCAUAAGAGCAGCCAAGCACUUUCCACUCAUCACUGAGGAGUCCAGAUGCCUUGCUUUGGCCAAGCCUGGCUUAUACAUACUGGCUGAAGUUCUCUGCUUCCUAUGGGCAAUGCAUUUUUAAGGUUUUCUGAGUUUAAAUGUGGGGAAAAGGGCAAGAAGUGAAAUUCUAUUCUGGAAUACUUUUCUGCUUUCAUAUGAUCAAAAAAAAGAAAUCAUCUCAGCUCCAACUUGAUAUUGAGCCAAGGCUCACAGUCACCUCUGGGGUGAGAGUCAGGCCUGUGUACUGAGUGACAAAGGUCUUCUAAAAUCCCUUCCCUAAAUGGCUUUCCUUCAGCUAUGACAGGCAACAGUGUCAGGCCCUGUGAAUGGAGCUUGAAGACAGGAAUCUCCCCAAGAGACCACAGGUAGAGUACGAGGGAAGUCAGAUCGGGGAGGCACAAGACCGCCGGCCGCUCUUCUCCUGCCUGAAAUAGUGAGCCUUUGUGAAGAACUGACAUGCCAUGUACAAUUGUGACUGUGAUUGUUGUUGAGUAAACUCCAGACUUUUU